AUGACCAGCCUCAAGAGGUCCACGGCCUCGGAUCCGUCCACAAACCUCUCAAGCAAGGUCUAUGUGCGGUCCACGCGGAGUGGCAAGGUGCAAAAGAUUGUCAGAGAACUCUAUUUACGACAGGAUAUACCAUGCUCUUCAAGACUGUGCUCACAAUGCUUGAAAACUGCGCCGACAGACUUCAAUAACAAAGUGGCCCCGUUCGUUCUGUCAGAAACGCCCGCUGGAACAAAAAGCUUCCCGAAUGGACACUAUCUGGUGCCUGACACGAAUGCUUUCCUUACUGGCAUGGACCUUUUUGAGGUUGAAACGGCUUUCCAUGACGUGAUUGUGCUGCAAACCGUUCUUGAAGAGGUCAAGAAUCGCUCGCUACCUCUCUAUCACCGCUUGAUCAGUCUGACCAAGAACGAAGACAAGCGCUUUUUUGUGUUUUUCAACGAAUUUCGGCUGGAGACUUACGUCGGACGGGACCGAGGUGAGAGCAUCAACGACCGCAAUGACAAAGCGGUCCGACGAGCUGUCCAGUGGUAUGGCGAACAUCUUCAAGAGGCGAUGCGAGCACGAAAGUCUGUCAGAUGCCCCACUGUCGUCAUGAUCAGUGACGAUCGAGAGAACCUGCGGAAAUCGAAAGCAGAGAAGAUUCCAGCACUCACAUUGACCGACUAUGUCUCAGGUCUGGAGAACUCGGGGCAACUACUAGACAUGGUCAGCGCAGGCAAGGAGCAACGCGAAGUCAAGUCCGGAAAAGUUGAGCUAAUCUACCCCGAAUACUAUUCGAUGUCAAAAAUGAUUACAGGGGUGAAAGCCGGCACAAUGCAUCAGGGGACGUUCAACGUUUCGCCAUAUAAUUAUCUCGAGGGCUCUGUUCACGUACCAGCUUUCGACAAGCCCCUCAUAAUCUUAGGCCGAGAAAACAGCAAUCGCGCUGUUUCCGGUGAUAUUGCCGUCGUGGAAAUUCUUCCAAAAGAUCAAUGGAAGGCGCCCUCUACCACAAUCAUCGAGGAAGAAACCCUCAACAAGAACGACAAUGCUGACGAAGAUGAUGGGGAGACCGUGAUCUCUGAGCGAGAGAGACGAGCUCUCCAGGAAGAAGUCAAGAGAGCUCAUGGUCAGUCUACCGAAGGGAGACCGCAACCGACUGCUCGAGUUGUUGGGAUUAUCAAACGUAAUUGGAGGCAAUACGUCGGCCAUAUCGACAAGGACUCGAUCCGAUCUACGUCAAAAGCCAGCCGGAGUCAGCAGACAGUCUUCCUCAUUCCCAUGGACAAGAAGAUUCCCAAGAUACGGAUCCGAACACGGCAGGCUGGCGAAUUGGUCGGAAAGAGAGUGCUUGUGACUAUCGACGCUUGGGACAGGGACUCACGGUAUCCGGUCGGUCACUUCGUUCGCUCUUUAGGAGAGCUAGAGUCAAAAGGAGCCGAAACAGAGGCAUUGCUACUGGAAUACGACAUCCAAUACCGGCCGUUCCCGAAGACUGUGCUUGACUGCCUGCCAGCAGAAGGUCACGACUGGAAAGUUCCCGCAAAUCUUGAUGACCCAGGCUGGAAAGGUCGCAAGGAUCUACGAAAUCUGCUCAUCUGCAGUAUCGAUCCACCUGGUUGCGUUGACAUUGACGAUGCCCUUCAUGCCACAGCGCUGCCGAAUGGAAACUACCACGUCGGCGUCCACAUUGCUGAUGUGUCGCAUUUCGUCAAGCCAAACAAUGCUAUGGACAAGGAGGCUAGUAUGAGAGGAACCACCGUCUAUCUCGUUGACAAACGGAUAGACAUGUUGCCCAUGCUUCUAGGGACGGAUCUUUGUUCCAUUAAACCAUACGUCGAACGAUAUGCUUUCUCUGUUCUAUGGGAAAUCACGCCUGAUGCGGACAUUGUUUCAGCCGAGUUCACCAAAUCGGUCAUUCGAUCUCGAGAAGCAUUCAGCUACGAACAAGCGCAAUUGCGAAUUGACGACAAGUCACACCAAGACGACUUAACCAAGGGCAUGAGAACGCUGCUGAUGCUAUCCAAAAAGCUGAAGCAGAAGCGUAUGGAUGCCGGUGCUCUCAACCUCGCAAGCCCCGAAGUGAAAGUGCAGACGGAGUCGGAAACAUCCGACCCCGUCGACAUCCAAACCAAGAAGCAGCUCGACACCAACUCUCUCGUAGAAGAAUUCAUGCUGCUCGCUAACAUCAGCGUCGCCGACAAGAACUACUCCGCAUUCCCCCAAACCGCCCUCCUCCGCCGGCACGCCUCGCCCCCGAAAACCAACUUCGAAGAGCUCGCGAACCAGCUCAAGGUCAAACGCGGCAUGGAGCUGCGCACCGACAGCUCCAAAGCGCUCGCUGACUCGCUCGACACGUGCAUCGACCCCCGCGAGCCCUUCUUCAACACCCUCGUGCGCAUCCUCGCGACGCGCUGCAUGACGGCCGCCGAGUACUUCUGCGCCGGCGCGCAGGCCUACCCGGAGUUCCGCCACUACGGCCUCGCCAGCGAAAUCUACACGCACUUCACCAGCCCCAUCCGGCGCUACGCGGACCUCGAGGCGCACCGGCAGCUCGCGGCCGCGAUCGAGUACGAGCAGCUGGAUGCCAGCCUGCACAGCAAGCCGAAGCUGGAAGCGGUGUGCAAGAACAUCAACGUGCGCCACCGCAACGCGCAGCUUGCGGGCCGCGCGAGUGUCGAGUACUACGUUGGGCAGGCGCUGAAGGGGCGCGUGGUUGAGGAGGAGGGGUUCGUGAUGAAGCUGUUUUCGAAUGGGUUUGUGGUUUUUGUGCCCAUGUUUGGGAUUGAAAGCACGAUUAAGCUGAGGGAUCUGGCGACGCCGGAGCCGGAGGCGGAGUUUGAUAUGGAGAGCUAUGUGCUCACGACGAGGGGGUCGAGGGAGCUGAGGGUGGAGCUGUUUCAGAAGGUGAGGGUGCGGAUUAGUGAUGAGGCGGAGGAGAGUACGGGGAAGAGGAAGGCGAGGUUUGAGUUGGUGUGAGGGGGUGCGGCGAGGGGGGAAGAUGGUUGUGGAGGAGGUCUGAGGGGUGUAUGAUAAUGAUUUGCGUAAAAGAACCUUGGAAAAGGAGUUCAGCAGUGUUGGUGUGACUGUGUCCCGUACAGUCAUGGGCUAUGUUAUCUGUGGUAUGAUAAUAACGAGGUAUCACGCUUGUCAAACAUUGCAUAUUCCCUGCUCCGCCGGAUUUCUCAAAGAGUGUCGAAGGACUUCGAGAAGCGGCAGACGACUGCGGGCAGGCAGAAUUAUUAUGUGACGGGUGAAGUCAAGCUUAAAGUGUCUAAUAGCAUGAUCCGAAUCAAUAUCCGGC